CUAAAAUAGCCCCACUGAGAGUAUAAAGAGGGUUGCAGGGAGGUUGGGUCUUCAGACGAACAUCUCCAGUGCUGCUGCACAGCAAGAGAGCCACACUGAGAAGGACUUUUUCUUGAGACUCGAAGGGAGUCAAACUCUUUGGAUUUGAAAACCAGCUAAGGAGAAUCUGCAAGAUGAAGUACUACCAAUGCCCUGUAUCCCAAACCCUGGGAGUCGACACUUACUCUGAGGAAUGUGGUGUCCCAGUUAACUGCAGGGGUUCAACCUCUCUAAAGCCAAUCCGAAGCGUCCAUUUCCCCAAUGACAUCGUUUUCCAGGACUAUGUUCGCCAAGGCGAGCUGGAGAGGAUUGGACGCUUCAUCCGAGCAAGCAGAGUCAAGCUUGACACCAUUUACCACUCCGGCAUGGCUGCAAUCCACGAGGCUGUUCUGUCCGGAAACCUGGAGUGUGUGAAGCUUCUGGUUCACUAUGGAGCUGAUAUCCAUCAGAGGGACGAGGAGGGAUGGACUCCGCUACACAUGGCCUGCAGCGACAGCUUCCCACAUAUUGCACGCUACCUCCUCUCGCUGGGUGCUGACCCCGAGCUGGAAAACGACUGCGGGGAGAAACCGGCUGACCUCAUCGAGCCCGACAACAAGGAGCUGCUGGAGAUCUUUGGGCUGGCGGUCAAUGACUGAAUGCCUAAAGUCUCAAACUCAUCUUGAAAGCUGCUGCACAGUCGUCCGACGUGCAGGAAAGGCCCCAUCAAGUCCAGGAUCCUGAAUUUGCCUCAGUCCUGCAGGUCAAGGAGUGUGGAUGUCUGGCUUAAGGAGGGCUGACGGAGCCUUCAGGCUGCCUUCUGAGUGAAUGUUUUCUGUUCGGGGCUGGUUUCCUGUCAGAGCUUCAGAUCUUUUCACACCGGUUUGAACUGAACAGUUUCAUUGGGCUGGAAUCAUGAAGGCUUCUGAAUGUUGUGAAACCUGAUGCUGUUGCUGCCGCUUGGCUAAUUAGCACCUCUUACAGCUAUGUAUGCUAAAAUUAGCAAAAGCAAACAGGCGUGUUGACCGCCUUAAUAGCAGAUUUGUUUACAGUUGAUUGAGUUAUAAAUCCAGCGAUAAUACCUUUAUCUAUUUUGCCUUUUAAUCAUUUUGAGAGUUCAUUGUACUUAUUUUUGUUUGGAUAUGAUUUUUUUGAUACUUAUUUUUUUAAAUAAAGGUAAAUGGAGUCA